GGUGCGGGGCGGCUGGCGGGGAUCCCCGCCCCGCUCCGCCGGCAUCACAUGGUGCUGGGGGCGGGAGGGGGGGGAGCCGCCCCCCAGCUCUCGCUUUCUCCUACAGUUUCUUCCAGUCUCAGCGCUCAACUCCGGCGAGGCUGGAGCGCGGCGCGGGGCUGGGCAGGGCGGGAGCCGGGCAGGCUCCGCCGCCUGCUCCCGGGGCGCCGCUCCCGCAACGGAGGCGGCGGGGAAGUGGCACAAGUGCGGGGUGCCUGCGCUGCUUCCCUGCUUCUGAUGCCCCUUCGCGACUGCACGCCAGCCCGGCGGCCGCGGCUCCGGGAGGAUGCGGCUCUUCCUCCUCGCUGCAACUUUCUGGGGAUUGUGCCUGGCUCCAGGUUUGGCUUUGCAAAUACAGUGUUACCAGUGUGAGGAGUUCCAGCUAAAUAAUGACUGCUCUUCCCCAGAGUUCAUCGUGAAUUGUACAGUGAAUGUUCAAGACAUGUGUCAGAAAGAAGUAAUGGAAAAAAGUUUUGGAAUCAUGUACCGCAAGUCCUGCGCGUCUUCAGCCGCGUGUCUGAUCGCCUCUGCUGGGUACCAGUCCUUCUGUUCUCCAGGGAAGGUGAACUCUGUUUGCAUCAGCUGCUGCAAUACCCCGCUCUGCAAUGGACCCCGGCCGAAGAAGAGGGGGAAUUCUGGCGUGGUGCCGAGGGCACAAGUGAUAAACACUGUUCUGCUUCUUAAGUUUACUCUGUUGUUUUUGUAUUGCUAAACUUCAAGCAAGUUUGGUGGUUAGGUUUUUUUGGUUUUUUUUUUUUUGCCCUGACACAAUUUGUUCUGUCUCCUGCCUUCUUCAAAGACACUGCAAUUAUUUUCUGUUUGUUUCCAAAUCCCUGUCAACAGCGAGGGAAGUUCAGUGGUUGUGUGGAGAGAGGGGCUGAUAUUUUUGGCAGCUAAUGAGUUCAUUUAGCAGAUUUAAUUUCCAGUGUGCACUUAAAAAUCCCAGCAGGGUACAGAACUCCUGCUCUUUCUGCGUAACUGGAAACAAAUCCAUCUGUGUUAUUCCUUUUGAGAUGUAGUCACUUUCCUGGGUCAUUUUAAUUUCCGUGGGGUUUUUAAGUUCAUUGCUAAUCAUUAACUUAGCCUUAUGAAGUCAUACUUGAUGAUCACAAAGGCCGUUCUGUGCGUCCGGACCAUGCUCUGAGCUAGUCUCGAGGGACACUACUUCCAGGCUGGGCUCUGGUGAUUCAGGACCUGGCUUCUGUGGACUGCAGUCAGGUGUGGGCUCCCUCUGGAAGGUGCUUAGGAAAACUUUGGUGUUGCCCUUCGUGGAAGAAUUGCGCCUCGAAGACAUGAAGAGCAGCGGGCGCAGGGAGCGGCUGCUCCGCGCUCUGGAGCUCUGGUUGGCUCUGAGGAACUUCUCCCUGUUGGCGUGUUGGAUGGUCAGGCGGCAGCGCAGGAUCUGCAGGAACACGCUGCGGAACUGCUGCGAGGAGCUGUUGUACAGCAGGGGGUUCACCGCCGAGCUGAGGUAGAAGAAGAUGUCGGCGAAGGGAAGGAGGUGGAUGUACACUUUGAAGUAGGGGAUAGUCCAGUCCUGCUUCGGUUUAGCAGCUGCCAUGAUCCUCCUCACCUGGUUUGGCAUCCAGCAUAUCGCCAGAGUGGCAACGAUCAGCCCUGCGAGCAGAAAGAGGAAGAAAGAGGUGUGCAUACGUGGGGGAAAACGCAUAAAAUACUAUCAGUCCUGCACUUACUUGUUAGGAAAUAGUACCAAUUUUUCAGUGUUUUGCUUGACAGCUUUUUCUGCCGGUGGCACUUUUUUUGUUUGUUAUUUUUAAUAACUGUUACAAGGUCAUUGCAGCACCUGAUCUGACAAAAGGCCGCAUAGUGUUUGGGUAGUGUUUCUUUGUACCUGUUGUCAUUUAUUAGUUUUCAAAGUGUUCUUUCUCUGAUCAUCUGUAUCUUUGAAAAGAAUGCAUUUUUAUUUUGGUUUUUGCUCUUACAUUUCUUAUGUCUUUCCCUUUACUUUGAAAAACAAACAAAAUAAAUAGAACUUAUAGCCAUAUUAGAUCAGGCAAUACCCAGAAGAGAUCAGAUUCUUGUUUGUACUUUACAAAAAAAGAAAAUGUAUGCAUAAUAAUAUAUUUCGUGUUAUUUUUGGUAGAUUUCCUCUUACAGAAGCUAUUUUUAAGUAAAAUGUGUAUGGAUCUUUUUAUGGUAAUUAAGAUAUGUUGGGCUUUCUUAAAAAUCAAAUUCCAGUGGAAUUAAAUGAUGAAUGUAAAUGAGAAAAACCCAAACCUAGUCAUGAAAGUGUAAGCAGUUUCAGAUUAUAAAUUAUGCUUAAAAAUGUGGUAUUGGACCAUUUCGUAUUUAUAUGUAAAUAUAAAUACAUGUUGCUGCAUCACUAAUGGCAUUAAAAAGAGGGUGACUGAA